CUCCAAUAUGGGAGACAGCAGACACACAGGCUGAGAGUCUGAGCUGGAGAAGGAGUGAGAGAUGAAGGCAGGUGUCGUUCUCGCUCUGGUGUUUCUGCUGUGCAACAGCAGCCUUCAGGAUGCCGAGACUCCUGACCCGAAAUUUGACGUCAACCAAGAAAUCAUCCAGCUGCACGACAGGGUCACACGGCUGAAAGAGGACCUGAAGGUCAUGGAGAAAAAUAACGCAGCUUUAAGGAUGAGAUUGGCAGCUGCUAAUCUGGAACUGAAAAACCUGAAAGAACCGCCGAAGAUUGCCUUCUCGGCCGCUCUGACUCAUCCUGUGGGACACUACAAUGUUGAUAUCACUCUGGUCUACACUAAAGUCAUCACUAACGUUGGACGAGCCUACAACCCAGUUACAGGGAUUUUCACUGCGCCACUAAACGGAAGCUACUACAUCAGGUUCACGAGCUGUGAUAACACCGACAGUCACGGCAUGGCUGUAGAUCUGUAUAAGAACAACGAAAAGAUGAAUGGUUUAUCGAAAUACAGUAAUGGCUUCAUGACGUAUUUCUCUGGUGGUCUCGUCAUUCAGCUGGAGGCAGGAGACGUCGUUUACACCAAACUCCCCGCCAACUCGAAGCUUUACGACGACGCGAAUAAUCGCACCACUUUCAGCGGCUUCCUCAUCUUCCCCAUGUGAGAGUCGGCUAUGGGAACACAACUCAGCUGUGGAUUCUACACUGUACUUUGAAACUUAUGUCUUUGAGAAUGUUUUCUAUGAGCAGAAUAAUAAAUCUGAAAAUGUUCCUGA